AUGUCUACCACCACAACCAGUACUUCAAAAUCAUCGUUCCGUGAACUUAACGACAAGACAGCUGGAACAGAACGCUCUGAACUCACUACAGAAUGCACAUCCUGCCACGUUUCUGUUGAUUCCAGGAAGUUCGCCAACACAGAAAGGUUCAAACUUAAACCAGGGGAAUAUCUGUUCGAUUUUGAAGGCUCGACAGCAUCUAAGCAAUCCUUAGCGUCGUUCAUACACCACCUCUGUGCGUCCAAUGUCUAUCGGAUGUUCUUUUCAUACACCCAAGUUCUCCAGCAUGAUGCUCAUAGGUGCAGUACAACCUACAACAAAUUCAGUCAACAUAAUAGAUUCAGUGACAUCCCUUGUAUAGAAGAAACACGAGUUCAUGUCAAGCAUCCAUUGGAGGAUCACGACUACAUCCAUGCCAACUGGGUAGAUGGUUAUCGAGAGCCCAAGAAGUUUAUUAUCACGCAGGCUCCUCUUCCACAGAGUACUGAUCAGUUUUGGCACAUGAUUUGGCAGGAGAAGUGUUUAAUUGUAGUAUCCAUGAUACAGACAGUCGACUGGUGUGGCUCAUAUAUUCCAAAGUCCGGUGAAACUACCACUCAUGACAAAAUUACUCUGCAGCACUGCGGUACUCGAAGAAUCAGAGAGUCAUACGACGCUACCAUGAUAAAGCUGUUAUGA